CCCAGGAUCGCUGCCCUGGCAGCCCAGAGACCAACAGUGCUGCUCUUCUGGGAACCAGAGAGGACCCUGAUCACUCUGUUGUGUGCCAUGUGAGCUCUAUGUCCAACAGGAUGGCUGGUGGACCUAAGAAAUGUUGGUCUUUGAUUGGAUUCAGUCUUAUCUGUCUUAAAAUGGUUGCUUCAGCAAAAACAGCUCCUGAAAUACCCACUAUCGACCAGGCCUAUUCAAAAAUCAGCAACAGUAUCACUGUGGAAUGGGCCACAGUGCCGGGGGCCACCAGUUACCUCCUCACAGCUGAAGAUGGAGACACUGUCAUUGAAACUAUGGUGGCCAAUUCCCCAGGCACUGUGACAGGCCUGAAGGCUGCAACCUUGUACCAAAUCACCAUCAGAUCCAUCAGUGCCACUGGGAGAAGCCAACCAUCACCUCCGAAGCAGGCAAAGACAGUACUGGCUGCACCCAUUCUAGAAGUAAGCUCUCCAAGUCCAGACUCCAUCCUUGUGCAGUGGGAAGCUGUAUAUAUGGCAAUUGCAUUCUCUGUGUCCAUCAUGCGAGCGAAUGGUUUGGGGAGAAUAUGGAAAGAGAAUACCACAAACACCUCCUUGACAUUCAGCAGUUUAGAAGCUGGGACUCUCUACACCAUAAAGGCCUACGCAUGGAAUGCCAAUGGUACCCCUGGGGAUGACUCCACCUGCAAUCAGAGAACAAGUCCUCAGGCUCCUGCCAACAUUCAAGUCUCUUUUGACAGUGGGGCUCUGAGAGCCUCUGUUUCAUGGACCCCGACGGAAGGAGCUUUCAACUACACCGUGAUGGCUUUGAGUGACUCUUCGGAGCUGAUCUGUCAUACAAGUCUCAAUGCCUGUACCAUCUCUUCACUCCAGUGUGGCACUGAGUACCUCAUUUCAGUUUUAGCGAGUAAUGAUGCUGGUUCUAGCAAAUCAACUUCUGCGGAGGCCCUUAAAACUGUUGCUUGUGCCCCCGGAAGAGUGACCAUCCGAGAAGAUCCUCCAGGCCACCUGUCUGUGGCUUGGUCCAAUGUAGAUCUGGGCGAUUACUACGUGGUCUUUGUGAAGAGCGAUGAUGGCUUGGAAGUUCACUGCAACACCUCCCUCACCCAGUGCAAUUUCUUAUCUGAAUGUGGCUUCACUUACUUUAUCAGUGUUUUUGCCUAUAACAAGGCAGGGCAGAGUCCUCUGGGCGAUGUGUUCAAUUACACCACAGCUCCCUGUUGUCCUACUGACAUCAACCCUGUGUUGGUGUCCAGUGACAGAGUAGAGAUCGUCUGGUCUCCUGUCCGCGGUGCCGAACUUUACGAAACCAAGGCUGUAGACGGGUUCACUGUGGUUGAGUGCAAUGACACUGCUCCAGCUUGCACCCUCUCAGCUCUAGAGUGUGACACCAAGUACAACGUCACAGUGUACUCCUUCAGUGAAGCCCGGGGCAGCAAUAUGUCCUGUACUUCCCGAUUGAUAACCACAGCUCCUUGCAGUCCCGAGAUAAAAAAUGUUUCAAAGGAUGCAUUCUCCACAAUUAACGUGCACUGGCGAUCCACUAACUACGAUGCCACGUACACAGUAACCGCCCAAGGGGAGACGGGGUUGUUCUGGUGCAGCAGCACGGGACAGUCCUGCACCAUGGCGGGCUUGCCCUGUGGCUCGGUGUUCUCCAUCACUGCAGUAGCCGAAACCCAGGCAGGGCGGAGCCUGCCCAGCUACAGUAUGCCCCUUGAAACAGUGCCGUGCUGUCCAGCUGGUCUGACAGUAACUCAGGUCACACAGUCAGUCAUCAACGUGAGCUGGACUAUUGGGACUGGGGCCCAAACCUAUGUGACAGUUCUAGAGUCACACACCGGACAGUCGAAGUGUCUCACCCAUCAAACCCAGUGCCUCCUAGGAUGCAUCUCCUGUGGCGUCAAUUACACGGUGGCGUUACAAGCGAUUAGUGCCACGGGGCUGAUGGCGGACUGCACCUACCAAAGUUAUUCCUCCAGUGCGUGCUGCCCUUUGGGAGUGAAAUUAUACAGGCUGGGCCCGAAUGGCAUUCGGAUCCACUGGCAAGCCCCCAGGGGCUCUGCAAAUUACAGCACUGACCUCUACGGUUCCAAAGGCAUUUUCACAUGCACCCCAAGCGCUGGCCUCAGUUUUUGUGACGUCACCAAGAUACCCUGUGGGGAUGUAUAUACCGUGAUGGUCUCUCCAAUUGCUGAGACAGGACUGAAGCUUACUUUCUGCCCCAAAAAAAUAUAUUCAGUAACCUGCUCCGGAAGUACACUUGGAAUGGUGAUUUACAGAGGGAAAAGAAAUGCAGAAUGA